AUGGAUCUCAUCUGGCGUAACGACGUCCCCUCCGACAAGGUGGUUCUUGGAUUGGCAUUCUACGCUCGUGUUUUCUCUGCUUCGGACCCUGCCUGUAUGGACCCUGGAUGCCCCUUCGUAUCGGGCGGUAAUCCAGGUCCCUGCAGUGAUGAAGUUAGCAUCCUACUCAGCUCCGAAGUCAAAGAUAUCAUGAGCGAGAAAAGUCUCACAUCGAAACUCGACAAAGACGCUGCCGUCAAGAUACUGAAGUUCGACACGAAUCAGUGGCUCACAUAUGACGACGAAGAAACUCUCCAGAUGAAGACCGAUUUUGCUAAGUCCCAGUGUCUUGGUGGUGUCAUGUUUUGGGCAGUUUCUCAUGAUCAUCCAUCUGGCAACUUGUCUACUGCGUUGGCUAAAAAGACCGGCCGAAAAGGCACCUCACUAGCCUUUGACAAGCGGAAAGAUUCAAUGCAAAUCCAGAAGACCCACCUCCAAUGUCGAUGGACUAACUGCUUCGAGGGUUGUCCCAGUGGAUGGACAAGUGUUGCUCGCACUGACAAAGGUGAUCGCGGGGACGAGAGAAUGUGGGAUAACACCGGAUGUGGUGGUGAUGCACAGCAUACCUUCUGCUGUCCGCCCGACUCUGAGCAGCCCAAGUGCGGUUGGUAUACGCACAACAACGGCCACUGCAAAUCACAAUGCCCGUCAGGGUAUGUGGAAGUUGGAUCGAAUUUCCAGCAUUGCAGUAACAACGAUAACGACUACCAGGCUGCAUGCUGUACAACAGACACGAACAGCAUGAAGCUUUACUCUCAGUGUGACUGGGCUGGCAUGGUGGAAACUACUGCAACCCAAAAACGUUCAAAUAUACCUGGAACGGCAAUGAAGGUACUUCCUGGGAGACACGAAAAUACUGCUGCGAUGACGACGACAAGACCAAAUGGGACGACUGCGAAUGGGAGAGACGACAUUGGUCUCGCGCUUGCUGAUGGUACUGUCAAAGAUUACUACUUCAGCGGCUGUCCCAAUGACAAAGUCCGCAUCGCCAUGGAUCAACACCGAGACGGCUGCAAAGGCGACGGUGGAAAAUCCAUGUGCUGCAGCGCAAACUAUGUCACGAAGACGAAGCGAUCCUACACUGAUUCCGAAAGUCGACUUGAGUCUGAUACUGCGGCAUGCGGCAGCGAUGCCUAUAACAACCUCAAGCGCGAUCUGGGAGGCAUGGACUUUGUGGGCCUCUCCUCAGAGGAAUACAACCACACAUCGGUUUUACAUCGUCGUUUUGAUACCAAGCCGUAUGAGUCUAUACGCGGCCUGAUGCUCGAGAUUGGCUUCACACUUGUGGCAGGCCAAGCAGCCAUCGAAAUUUGGAACAAACACGUUGCUUCUGUCUACAAGAAUUUCGCGGUCAAUAAACUCCAGUUAUGGCUGGAGGAGAAUCCCGAAUGGAAGGAAGAUGGAAUGGUCGAUUAUUCCGCCUUGAUGGUCUGCAAUAUGGGCAUAUUCGACGACAAUAUUGGAGGUGAAGACAGUGAGAUCAGCUGCAAAUGCCCAUAUUCAACCUGCUGUCCAGACGGAGACGCCACAUGUGGCGGGGAGGAUUUAGAUGGCGACGAGGAUACAGGCAGCCUCGAGGCACGGACUUUGGAAAAGAGAGCGGGUCCCCGGACCUUCAGAUUACGUUUUCGCGAGGGGGACCGCAUGCGCUGGGAAUCUUUUUCGACUAAAUCACGAACGUCACAGUACAGAAGCAGGAGUGAAUGGGCUAUAGGUCACCGUAUUUGGAGACAGGCAUUUACAUAUCGAAACGAGGACGAAUGUCUGUAUUCGGCCCUUGGGACUCAAAUGAUCACUACUGAGGCGGGCAGAGAUAACUAUGAUGUGGAACAUUACGUUGAACUGAACACGAUUCAAGGGUUCCUCACCGACGGUUACGCAGGAACCUUGUCAACUGGAGCACGACCCAGAAAUUCUGCCCUGCCUCGUCCAUUCCUGGAAGCACUCAACACUCCCAUGUUGCGCGUUGCACCUCCAAUGGCAGGUGGUCGGGCAUCGUCAACCCCGCUUGUAAGAGUCAUGAAUGCUCUUGGAAGCAGACGAAAUGACCAGCGUUUCAUGGUUCUCCUUGAUGGCCUGAAUUCGCUGAAAAGUCGGAUGUGGCGUGAUGAGACAAGAUUCGCGAACAUGUCCGCUCAAAUAGAGGCCGAUAAUCCGAACGAAGCCCUACGAAGCAUCAGAUCUGUCAUCACUGUCAUGAACUAUCUGAAUGAUGAUCGAGUACGUCCUCAUAUGGUUGAAACUUCAAAUGAAGUACGCCGGGAGUUUGGCCUAGUAGACCAGCAGUGGGUCGCCGAUGGAAAUGAGGCAGUCUAUGUCCAAGAUUGGUGGGAUCAGUGGUUCCGAAACCGGCUUCAGCAUAUUGGAACAACAAAUACCAACUGGGCCACGGGCCAGAUAGCUGACAUGAGACGACUAUGGGCAGUGAGGACGGGAUCCAAUGUCACACCUACUAUCGAGGCUCUGGAUAAGUUGAACGCGGAUGCGUCGGAUAUGAAGAUUGACACGGAUGAUCUGGACUGA